CUGAGAAAGAGUUAGUUUUUUUCGGCGAAGGGGGCAAAGCGGGAGAAGACGAUGCGGCUCUCGGCGGAGCUUUGUGAGUACGGCGGUGGUUUAGUGUAAAUGAGCGACGGCUGUACCGCGGCGUUGUGUUUUGAUUUCCAUGUGAAACGCAAUUAGUGCUCCGCGGUGCUCGCUACUUUUGGCUCGCGGAGCUGAGCGCACUCUCAACUUGUCCCCUCUCUCCUCGGGAGCACAACAUGGAGCAUUAUCAGGAAGAUUUGGGACUCCGGGCCAGUAAAUUGAUGGAGGACCUUUCUUUAUAUGAUGCGUAUAAAGACGGGAUGUACAGCGCGAGGAGAGACUUGGUGAUUAACCCCGAUUUAGACUUUUCGGCUCCGGCGGUCGCGGAGCAUAAAAGUAAGCCAAUGAAUGGUACCUCUGUGCUCCACCAGCAGCAUCACACCGUGGAGAAUUUCACGACUGGGAAUAAAGUGUACAACGCGGCUCCGGUGCGUCCGGUCAACUGCAACCGGACCGUUCCUGUGGAUUUUUGCGCCCCUCAAAGAGACGCGGUUUAUAGCGAGGAGGGCUGUUGCACCAAAUCCGAAGUGGCUCUACCUUGCUACACGGGUGCUUCCGAGAGGCACAGGAGGUACUCUCUGGAGGUGCAGGGCCACAGGUACAGCACCGGCUCCGCUUUCGACGGCGUGCCCCUCAAUAAGCCGGCGGCUUUGCCCGGCAACAGGUGCAACAGUGUCUGCAUCACCAGCACUCACGACGGGAGAUACAACGCCACCAGCCCCCGAUCCAGCCUGGCAUCUUCCCUGUCCUCACAAGAGCACAGCAAGCAUGCCAGUCCCAGAUCGAGCAUCAGCAGCCCGCGUACUAGUUUAGUGGUGCCGGGCCAGGACAGGUACACGAGCCCCAGAUCCAGUUUGGUUCACUGUGAGGGAUCCAGUGUCCUCAGUCCCAGGUCCAGCUAUGCAAGCACCGCAAGCGACACGAGCAAACACUCCAGCCCCAGAGCCAGCCUCAACAGCUGCGAUUGCUGCAGCAAGCCCAGCAGCAAUCGAACCAGCGGCAUCAGCAUGGGCUACGACCAGAGACACACUAGCCCCAGGUCGAGCACGGCCAGCCAGUACUCUUUCACCACCAGCCCGAGAUCUAGUUACUCUGAUUCCCGGUAUGGGCCCGUGGUCAACCACGAUCUGGAGGGGGCGAUUUUACACGCGGCCCCGCUGGCGAGUCCACGCUCGAGCAUCUGCAGCCAGGACGGGAGCGCUAGACCCGGUGCCACCGCGAACUGCGUGGUCAGUCCCCGGUCCAGCAUCUCCAGCCACAGCUCCAGAAGCUCCCGCAGCUCCAGGGGCUCUAUGAGCACCUAUCCGGAUCUGCAGUUGCCUUCACCUAGGUCAUCGAUGCUGGGCAGCGGUUUACACGAGGACACGCUGCUGCAGGAGUUUGGAGACUCCAGCGGUGGCAUGCAAAACCGCAUCCAUCUUCAGGGCAUCUCGGCAGUGCCGGAGCCCCAUCAGCAACAGUCAGCCCAGACGGGAGUCUGUGCGGAGAUGACCGCUGGGUCGCCGUCGUCAUUUAGUUAUGGGGUAUCAUCAAAAGCAGCAUCCUCGAGCCAGAGGUUUAAGCUGCCUUACCAGGUGACCCCGAGCCGAGAGAGUGGGCCAAGCCAGGCAGAGAGACGGCUGGAGGCGCUCACCUUGGAGCUGGAGAAGGAGUUAGAGAUGCACAUGAAAAAGGAAUACUUUGGUAUCUGUGUCAAAUGUGGGAAGGGUGUGUACGGAGCCAGCCAGGCCUGCCAGGCCAUGGGGAACCUGUACCACACAAACUGCUUCACCUGCUGCUCCUGCGGGAGGAGACUGAGAGGGAAAGCCUUUUACAACGUCAACGGCAAGGUCUACUGUGAGGAGGAUUUCCUGUACUCCGGUUUCCAGCAAACGGCUGACAAGUGCUUUGUGUGCGGUCAUCUCAUCAUGGAGAUGAUCCUCCAGGCGCUGGGCAAGUCCUACCAUCCUGGCUGCUUUCGCUGCGUGGUGUGUAAAGAGGGUCUAGAUGGAGUGCCUUUCACCGUGGACGUUGAGAAUAAUAUCUACUGUGUCAAAGACUACCACACGGUUUUUGCUCCCAAGUGUGCCUCCUGCAACCAACCCAUCCUUCCAGCACAGGGCUCCGAGGAAACAAUUCGAGUUGUUUCUAUGGACAAGGACUACCAUGUGGAGUGUUACCACUGUGAGGACUGUGGUCUCCAGCUAAACGACGAGGAGGGCCACCGCUGUUAUCCUCUGGAAGGCCACCUUCUCUGCCACGGCUGCCACAUCCACCGGCUCCAGUCCCAGGUCCCUGCACACCCGCCCCCCAACUACCCCCUCCAUGUUACCGAGCUGUGAGGGAAGGGGAGGAGGGUCGGCAGCAAUCGAGCCUUCCCUCCCAGGUGACCUGAGACGCCAGCAGCAGGUUCAAAAAAAAAGAAGAAAAAAGACCUGCAUGCACCCCCUCGGCCCGCACACCCAGCAGUUCCAGGGAAGCCUCCGUGUGGCCAUCUGAGCCAGCGCUCCUGUCCUCAACUGGACGGCCCGGCCGCGGACUUACACACACUGUGCAGCUCCCACCACAAGCCCUGCUGUCACAUGACAGGGCUGGGGGAAAAAAGGGUUCCCCUCCUCCUCCAUCUGUGGUCCUUUCCUCCCCCAUACCCUUGGGUGCCUAACCCUGAAAGCCAACACGCCGCCUCACCCAGAGGCCCCCGGUGACGUCACGUCUCCUGACCCCUGCACAUUCAUCAAAAGAGAGGGUUUUUGGACCGGAGGAGAGAACGCAAACUUGUCUUUCUCCUUGCUUCCCCUCCCUUUCCUUUCCAUGUUUUUCAUUCCUGUGCUCUGAUUGAAGCGGUUUACCGCAGUGAAUUCACCAGGGCUGUCACGGCUGAGAACGCCGCUGAUCUCGGCAUCAGGAAGGCCAGGGAACGAGCAGCUACAUUCCAGUACUGGCUGGACCGGACAGGCCCCAGGGUGGGCGUGCUGCGCCUUCAGAGCAGGUCGCUCUCCGUGCAGCUUCUAACACUGAAAUGGAGCCCUGCUAAAGGCUAUGCAAAGGACACCUAGCAUUAUGACACAGGGCUCUCAUCGCUCCUCGCCCCGCACCAUCCCGAAAUAACAGAUGCACCGUAGCACCACAAGCCCGGAGGACCGACUGACAUUCCACUUAGAAGUCUUAGACGAGACCUUGAGAGAUUCACAAGCAGUGUCUUAAUUAAUGAUUAUAUUAUGACAGAAAAAAGAAAAUUUUAGAUGCACAUAGAUUGUCUUUUAUAUAUGAAUAUAUAUUUUGCAGAUGUUUUCCACAUAAGAUGCUAGAUGUAGAUUGUUGUUGUUGUUUUUUUGUUGCUGCGCUCAUGAUAGAUUCAGAGGUUAAACACACACUGUCUGUCACACAGUCUGAAACCUCUGAAACUUUUGGGUGCGUUGUAUCAUUUCUCCUCCAGGACACAGAGCCUCCUGAUGUCUGUCAGUAGGUCAGAGACCCACAGGCUUUGUAGGAGCAGACCGGGUUCAAAUAUUAUUUGCCUUUAAUCAUUUUUUUCCCACACUUUGAGUACCAAGUGGUUAUUGCCUGAGCUGAUUAAUGGCACAUUUUUAUUCUCUUACCGAGCAAAACGCCUCCCUUUACUGACUGUAGAGAACUUUAACACACACUGCCAGUCAAACAUUCCUACUGAUCUCCUAGGCAACAUACUCAUUAUAUAUGAUAUUGCCUGUUUUAAUUAUUUAUUAGAGUGGAAAGUCCAUCUAGACCUUUCUACAUGUUUAUGUUUAUGUUUAUGUUGAUGGCAGCCCAUAUAGAUUUAUCAGGUCAAACAUUCCAGCCUUUAACAAGGCAGUAAUUAAACCUCUGUGUUUUUUUUUUUACCAGUGUUAUAUUCAAUUCCUACUAGAUGUAACAAAUGCUUUUAUCUUGACUUUAGACCCUUCAAAAUACCAAAACCUGACCUUUUAGGAAGUAUCACACAGAGCACUAAGAUUAAGAUUAAGAUUAAGUGUAAUCUUAAAAUCCACCAAGAUUUAGGUCCUUUGCUGGAACACUUAUUACUCAGCGCUCAUUACAGAAGGCAAUUGUCCGAUCAGGGCAGAGCAGACCAGAAAAGAUUUGGCCAACCAACUGUAUGUUAUUUCAACAGUUAUUGGUGAGACAAAUAGCACUGUAUCCUGUGUGCUUACAGGUGCCUCAUUAAACAGAUAAAGAACCAUUUCCAGUUAAACUCAUGUCAUUUCCAGUAAAAAAAAAAAAGGCUAAAUUGGCAAAAACACUUAAAAGAAUUUAAUUGAAUGUUUAUAAUGACAUGCACGUUAGCAUAUGAAGUCAUUAGCUACUUUUCCUCUUAAGACAAAUAAACAUGUAAGGUCUCCUCCCUUAUGUGCUAAUGUGCGAAUCUGGCAUCUGGCCCAUCUGGUACUCAAAGAGCAGAUACGGAACAAAUUAAAUGAUUAUCUGCAAAUACUUUUGGCUCAAGGUCUGUUCAGGACACUGUUUCCUGGUCUGUUUGCCAGACACUGGUUUUGUCAUUUGAGCACUGAGAACACAGUGCGUUACUUACAAGGAAUCUCCACUUGUCCACAUGCCUUAAGACAGAACAGGUAUGUUUUGUGUGUCUCGCUCUGGUCCGCCAUGAAGUCUGCUGUUGUGUUUUUCGGAGGCACAUCCCUGAAAACCCGAAGCUGCUGGUCCCGCCCGCGUUUUUAGGGAAUCCCUCAGUGUUUCCCAUGCUGGUUGUGUGCGCCUGUGUGUGUGUGUGUGUGUGUAUGCGUGCGCGGGCAGGUGCUUGCAUGUGUGUAUGUGUAUAUUUAUGCAACACAAAAAACUACAGGAGACAAAAACACUUGAAACACCAAGAUUUUGGUGGUGCUGGAAAAAAAAAGUCUCACUUCUCCCACCUGGGUUUCUAAACUUCUGUCAUCAGUGAGUUUUGUUGGAUUGGCACUGAGCACAUCAGUCAUGUUGCAUUUAAAUGAAAGGUUGCAAACUAUUUAAGAUAUUUCUUGCACCGAGCAAAAUCUGACCUGAUGCACAUUUAUUUAUGCAGAUAAAUCCCAACUGUCUGCUUAUUUCAAGUAUGAGCAAAUUGUGUGAAUGUCGUGUGUGUGUGUGUCUUUCGGUCUGUCUGUGUGUGUGUGUGUGUGUGUAGUAGUGGCAGGGCCAUGGCACAUGCACCUCACUGUGUUUGCAGGGCAGCGCAACACCCCCCCCCCCCCCCACCCCCUCUCACUCUGUUGCCAACCCAGUGAUGAUUUUGAUGGCGUCUCUUCAUCACGUUACUCAUUCCAGAUGUUUGUGUCUAAUUCUUGGCUUUUGUUUUACUUCAUGAAUGCGGAUUAUCACAUUUCAGAGUCAGCUAAGUUCUUCUGACUCUCAAAUCAUAUUGUCCCACAUAUUCCAGCAGUCGGUGUGGUGAAACAAUCACUGACUAUUAUCUGCAAACACUGGCCCAGCUCUUAUUCAUACUGUUACACACACACAGGCCUGAUUUAAAUACUACUGAAUCUGUCAAAGACAGAGACUGAAGCAGAGAUUGACGGCAGGGGUCAACACAGGCAGAAAGUGCUUUCUAACCUGAUGUAAUGAGAUUCAUUCGAAUGUAAUAAUGAUUAGUGUUUGUUCUCCUCCCUGUUUUGUAUAUUUGUAAAAGCAGAAAAGAAAAAAGGACUGCAUACGUGAGACAUUCCCCUUGUCAUGUGAUGUGUUUAACUUUGACUCUGUACAAGGGUUCUGGUCAGGUAAUGUGUGCUGUACUUGAAGAAUGAGGCACAACAUCACCCCCCCAAGAAAAACUUAACAAGACCAGAGUGUGUCCCCCUUUUUAAAGAUGUAUUUUUAAAAAAUCACCUCUUUUAAAAGUACUACUUAAGUUUCUAUUGUAUAGCACACAGCUAGUUACCCUGUACAUAAAGAGGCUAGUUUUUUAUUUUAUUUUUCUGUCAAAAAUCACUUGGAAAGAGAAGACUUCUUCUUCUCCUACUGUUAGUUCCAAUAAGCACAUCUCGACACCUGUCACACAUCUUUUGUAUCGCUAAGUGUUUUGAUUACCUAGAUGGUUCAUAAAAAAAUGGAAACUAGAUCUAUUUAUCUAAACAUGAAAAAAAGUCUAAAGUUAUUUAAUGUAUUAAAAAUUGGGACGUAUCAUUUAACUGUAGAUGACAUAAUCUGCUUUUUCAAUAAAGUGGUUUUGUAGCUA